UCUAAGUGAACUGCUAUGAUUAAAAACUGUUUUUACAUAACUGGCCUAUUGUACAAUGUUAUACGAAUGUCAUAAAAUUAUAGUAAAACUCGCUUAUAAAAUUGUGUAUUGAAACUAUAGUGACGUCAUCAAUCAUUUAUCGUGAGGGAAAAGGGAUGGUCGUGAGGGAAAAGGGGAUGGUCGUGAGGGGAAAGGGGAUGGUCGUGAGGAAAAAGGGAUGGUCGUGAGGAAAAAGGGGAUGGUCGCGGGGGGAAAAGGGGAUGGUCGUGAGGGAAAAAUGGAUGGUCGUGAGGGAAAAGGGGAUGGUCGUGAGGGGAAAGGGGAUGGUCGUGAGGGAAAAGGGGAUGGUCGUGAGGAAAAAGGGGAUGGUCGUGAGGGAAAAGGGGAUGGUCGUGAGGGAAAAGGGGAUGGUCGUGAGGGAAAAGGGGAUGGUCGUGAGGAAAAAGGGGAUGGUCGUGAGGGAAAAGGGGAUGGUCGUGAGGGAAAAGGGGAUGGUCGUGAGGGGAAAGGGGAUGGUCGUGAGGAAAAAGGGGAUGGUCGUGAGGGGAAAGGGGAUGGUCGUGAGGGAAAAGGGGAUGGUCGCGAGGUAAAAAGAGAAUUGUUGCGAGGGAAAAAGGGAAUGGUCGCGAGGUAAAAAGGGAUGGUCGUGAGGAAAAAGGGGAUGGUCGUGAGGGAAAAGGGGAUGGUCGUGAGGGGAAAGGGGAUGGUCGUGAGGAAAAAGGGGAUGGUCGUGAGGGAAAAGGGGAUGGUCGUGAGGGGAAAGG